UUUGAUUAUUGUUGACAAGUUACGAGUAACAAGACAUCUCGUUCGUUGUGACUCCAAAAUGAUCUGGGGGUACAGUGACGAUAUUUCUACAAUUGUAGCGUCUACUUUCAUGAAGAUCUCAGGUCUCUGGAUGGCAGGUAACCGCGUGGAGCGGUUAUACAGAUGUAUCACGUUGAUUUACAGUGUCAGCGGGUUACUUUUCGUUGCUGGCGUUGUGGCGAUAGAGUUCUACUACACCAUGGAUGAUUUGAGCGACUGCCUAUAUAACGCGACCAACAUUUUAACCGUGAUUAUGUCUUUAUUCAAGUUACUUGUCUUGCUUGCGCACAGAAAAGAUUUUCUGAAUUUAGUACGGUACUUGGAGAGGAAAUUUUUACACUCGGAAUACGACAUCUACGAGGGAAUGGUCUUGGACACGUGCAAACGCACCUGUGCGUUCUUCAUUUGUACCUUUACUUGUUCUUGUCACGGGACACUGAUAAGUUACGUUCUGAAUCCUAUCGUAGUCAAUAUUGGAAAAAACACAUCAGACAGGGUAUUUCCAUUGAAUAUGAGAGCUGAUCCACUGUCGGUGACACCGUACUUCGAGAUAGUAUUUCUGUUACAGGUUUUGUCCGUGUACCAAGUCGGAGUUCUGUACUUUAGUUUUGAUAAUUACCUAUGCAUCAUGAAUCUGCACGUGGCUGGUCAGUUCCGUAUACUGCAAUACAGACUAGAAAAUAUGAAGGGCGCGAUUAAGGCGUCGAAACAUAGUGGAAAUUGCAAAGAUAAAUAUUACGACGCCUUUAAAACCUGCGUCCAACAACAUCAGGCGUUGAUCGCGUACUGCGACAAGUUGGAAGAAGUAUUUAGUUUCUAUUCGCUGGGGCAAGUGUUCCUGUUUAGCUUGUUAAUCUGCCUCGAUGGGUACAUGGUACUUGUGGCAGACGCACACCCCACAAGACGCCUUAUUUUUGUGUUCCACAUGUUCGCCAGCAUAGCCCAGCUGUUCAUGUUUACAUACAGUUGCGAUUGCAUAAUGCAAGACAGUACUAAUGUUGCCAUGGCCAUAUAUUCAGCUCCAUGGCCUCGUUUUCUAAUGAACGAAGAUGGGCGAACUCUGAGAAGAGAUCUGAAACUUAUGAUGCUUAGAUCUAAAGUGCCUUGCUGCCUAACCGGUUACGGAUUUUUCACUGUAUCCCUGGAAACAUACACUAGGGUUCUAAGUACAGCGCUUUCAUACUUCACGCUAUUAAGAGGAACUUCUACAGAAACACCAUGA